UUCAUUGUGACCUUACACUCGUUGCGGGACGCGCAUCAACUUUUAUAGUCUAAUAAUCAUACGGGGAAGUUUUAUUUAUUAAUUAUUACUUAUUUCGAAAUGUUUCUCAUUUGCAUAUAUAAAAUAAUUCGAGUCCAUAAUCUACGAACAUAAAUAAAUCUGAAUCUUAUCGUCGAAAAUAAACACUCGAGAUUUCUUUGACGUAUAUAAAAAAGUUUCAGUUAAUAUAUUUGUUUCGAUAUGUCGAGUACUUACAUUGUAAUGACAAAGAUGUGUACGUUAAGUCAAGUGUUGACGAUUAGUUUAUGCGUGGCAUUGUCGGAAAGUUACAUCGAAGAACCGGGCGCUAGAUAUCCGGCGACUAAAGGGGAAAUAUGGCCGAAACCCAGAUAUCAAAUUAAAAACGACACGUAUUUUAUUAUCAGACCGCAAUUAUUCAAAAUAGAGAUAAUAUCGGAAGGUACUUGUUCUAUACUCAAAGACGCAGUAGUAAACUAUGAACAUUUGAUAGCUGAUGGAUUGGUUGUUGUACAAAAAAAUUCGAAUUUAAGUACCGAGAGUUUACUAAAGAAAAAAUGGCUCUCCGACGAUAAUUAUUUAGGUUAUUCGGAUACUUUCAAUGUUAGACUCGACGGAAUUUGCAACGACGCCGAAUAUCCUACCGAGAAUAUACAGGAAGCUUAUUCAAUUUCCGUGUCGGAAAAUGAAAAAUUAUUGAAUUCUAGUACCGUUUGGGGUCUUCUUAGAGGUCUAGAAACUUUAUCCCAAAUGGUGUAUGUAGCGGACGACUUAUUAUCGCUUCGAAUUAACAAGAGUUUCGUCGAUGACGAACCCAGAUUCUCCCAUCGAGGACUUCUUUUAGAUACUUCCAGACAUUUUAUACCUCUCAAUUAUAUUUUGCUCACGCUCAAAGCUAUGGCGUAUAAUAAAAUGAACGUAUUCCACUGGCAUAUCGUCGACGAUCAAAGUUUUCCUUACGUCAGCAGGAAGUAUCCUGAAUUAAGUUUACAAGGAGCGUAUACAGCAACAAAACAAUAUUCGUAUUCGGACGUCCAAACCGUUAUAGAAUAUGCAAGGUUAUCAGGUAUUAGAGUUAUCCCAGAAUUUGAUACACCAGGACACACGCGUUCUUGGGGCGUUUCUCAUCCAGAACUUCUAACUGCUUGCGAAGGCGAACUAGAAGGAAAGUACGGUCCUAUAGAUCCUACCAAAAACGAAACUUACGAUUUUCUGAAGGAAUUAUUUACUGAAAUUCACGAAACUUUCGCUGACAAAUAUAUUCAUCUUGGAGGAGACGAGGUAGGAUUCGAAUGUUGGAAAAGUAAUUCAGUAAUACAAGCGUUUAUGAAAGAUCGCGGAAUCGAAGGAAACUUCGAGGCUUUAGAAAGUUUAUACAUACAAAAAAUAAUUGAUAUGGUAAAUGGAUUAAAAUCGAAAUCUAUAGUAUGGGAAGAAGUAUUCACGAACGGUGUUCAAGUACCUAACGAUACCGUCAUUCAAGUUUGGAAAGAUUUGUGGACGAUGGUUUUAGAUGAAGUUACCGCUUCUGGUAAAAAAGCAAUUCUUUCAUCUUGUUGGUAUCUGGAUCAUCUUAAUACCGGCGGUAACUGGGAGGAGUUCUAUUCCUGCGAACCCACGUCGUUUACGAAGGACCCCAUAAAACAAUCACUCCUUAUUGGAGGGGAGGCUUGUAUGUGGUCUGAAGUUGUCAAUGAAUACAACGUAAUGUCGAGAGUUUGGCCGAGGGCAUCGUCCGUAGCGGAAGUUCUCUGGUCGCCGAAAAACGAUAAUCCAGACAUGAACUUUGUUAGAAGAAGAUUAGAAGAACACACUUGCAGAAUGAAUAAGAGAGGUAUAGCAGCCCAGCCACCCAACGGGCCCGGAUUUUGUUCAUAGACGUUAAUUGAUUUGUAUAUAAAUUAAAAAAUAAAAUAAUCUUGAAGAAUA